UUCAUCGCAGUCUCUCAUAUGACUCGCUUCAUGAUGUUAAGUGUACUAGUUUUAAUUUUGGCCUACAAUAUUUAUAGUACAAAUGCGUUUGACAACCUUUGUGAUGCUUGUAUACCGAAAUGUUGUCCGGAAAAUCAAAUAGUUUACAAGAAAAAUAAGUGUGUUGCUCGAGAAAAGGCGAUGGUUUCAGAUAUAUCAAGUUUUCCAGUUUUUACUGACACUAUUCAUGCAACGGGGAAAAAAUUGAAAGAUUAUUUCAAACUUGCGCCCAGGAAGUUUUCAGAUGAAAAUUUUAGACGCGAAGUGUAUAACGUGAACGGUGUUGGUUUUAAUGUCUACUUAACUGAGAACCGAUCCGUGUUUUUGGAGAAGCCGAAUGCUUUCGAUAGGUGGAUGCAAGUGAAGCCGGCUAACUAUUGUCUGGACUUCAUAUAUCCCGGGAAAGAUGUCCAGGUUUGGGCUCAACUCGAGACAGAUGAGAUGGAAGACACCGUUUACAUAACUACACAUCGGUUUAUUACAGGAAUGAUAAUAUCGUGCGUGUUCCUGGUCCUGGUGCUGGUGGUGUACUCCCUGCUGCGGGAGUUGCGCAACCUGUGCGGGAAGGUGCUCAUGGCGUACGUGUUCUGUCUCCUCAUGAGCUUCCUGUCGCUCGCCGUCAUACUGGCGAACGAUUUAGAUCUCAAAUCGUGUAUAGCAUUCGCGUUUAUAGGGUAUUUCUUUUUUAUCACGACUUUUUGUUGGAUGAACAUAAUGUCGUACGAUAUCUGGUGGACGUUCAGAGGUUAUGACAAAGUUCGUCCUAUACAUCGUCGCGGAGAGAACUAUAAAUUCUGUAUGUAUUGCAUGUAUGGUUUCGGAGUACCGUUGGGCAUGACUAUUCUCAUGGGAGUAAUCAACAGUCUCGACCUCAGGCACAUACCUUGGUUCGUUACUCCCAACAUACCUGAAUCUGGGUGUUUCCUUUCAGGAGGCCAAAAACUAGUCUAUCUGUACGUGCCGCUUCUGAUAAUGAAUCUGUUCAACUGGAUAUUCUUCGUGAUGACUGCCCUCAACAUCUGGCGACUGAAUCGUGACAGUGCGAUUCUGAACUCUUCUGCGGCUGCCACCACUGCUGCUUACCUCUCGCAGCGUCAGAGACUGAUGGUGUACCUAAAGCUGUCAAUCCUGAUGGGCCUAAACUGGGUGCUGGAAGUGGUGAGCUCGUUCAAGCCGCAGCUCCGCGUGUGGUACAUCACCGACACCUACAAUAUGCUCAUCGGCCUCUCCAUCUUCCUCAUCUUCGUCUGCAAGAAGAAGAUCUUCAGGAGACUUAUUGAGGAGUUGCAGAGAUGUCGCGAUUGCAGCCGCCGUCACUUCAUCAACCAUUCGUCUUGUUCGGUGUUCAGCCCUGAUGCCACGCGAAUUUCUUUCAAUCCAAAUGGUGUGGCGUAGCUUGUAUCAUAAGGAAUAAUUGCUAUUACAUUUUGCAAGAUGUAAUGUGUAAAUAAGUAAGCGCCAUAAGCUAAACAAAAAAUCUGGUUAAGCGACGUAGUGCGUAUGCGCAAUGUUCCGAAGAAUGUACAGUAAAAUACAAUAACACGCAAGAAUAGUAUUUACUUCCAGAUUUAAAUGACUAACAACUAUAACUAGGUACGUACCUAAGCUACCAUAAUAUUAAAUUACUUUCAAUUCCGAAUAAUUUACAUCGAUUUUGUAAGAUUAUUGUUUAAAUACGUUAACGUGUGAAGAAGCUUGAAUAUAACAGCGAUUGUUUUUUUUAUAUCAAACACAUCGCUCCAGUUGUAGGAUCGACCAAAGGAUGUUGUUAAAAAUAGAUUGAUGACCAAAUAAAAUUGCUCACUGUCAUUAUUAU